AUUAUUUUCCAGGUGUUUAUUCUUGCUAACAGUUCACAACAUUAGCUUUGUAGCAUUUAGCUCCGCGUGAGUUUCAGUGACGUCGCCGACCAACGGUCCAAUCCGGCCGCUGGUGACGCUCCUGACGUUAAUUUCUACUUAUUUAUUUAUUUAUUUUCACCCUCUCCUCUCCGUCGCCCUCCAUUUUGGGAGUCAAAACACAGCCAGUGGACGGCGGCGCACACCUCCACGCGUCCCCGUGGCCUUACUAUGGUUCACACAUGUGUGGUGGCCGGCUGUAGGAACAGAAGAACCCCCGGCACCACGCUGUCCUUCUACCGUUUCCCCCGCGACCCCGUGAGGAAGCAGCGCUGGAUAGCUGCCGUGAACCGGGAGGGCUGGGUGCCCAACGACGGCAGUCGGCUGUGCAGCACUCACUUCAUCACAGGUAAACAGGUGAAGAAUCCACGUUCUCCAGAUUAUGUUCCUUCAGUGUUCACAGCAGCUCCCUUAUCCCCAGAGAUGAAGGAGCCAGCAGCCCCAGAGAUGCUGGAUAAGCAGGAAGCACGCGUGGAGGCGGCCAAUGCCUUGUUGUUCUUGCAGGGCCAGGGCCGAUCCUCCGCCAGAGAGCCGGUCCAGGUGGAGCAUCCCGAAGAGAGAGAGCAGGAGGCCAUUGCAGAGGAAAGUGCGUCGUCCUCCCUCAGCACUGAUGAAGAAGAUGAAGAUGAUGAAGAAUCUGUAAGUGACAGCAAGAAAGGCAGGUUUCCUCAGGCAUCAGGUAACUUUGAUGACCUCCUGAAAGUCCUGAAGAGGGAGAACCAGGCCCUCAGGGAAUCGGUGGAGAAGAUGUCUCUCUCUGAGAACUCCUUGAGGAACGAUGCGGAGAAAGUGAAGUUUUACACUGGUUUACCAAAUUUCUUUGUCUUCGAGACGGUCAUGUGGCUGCUGGCACCUCACAUGGACGUGACGAAGAACGUGAAGCUCUCCAAGUUCCAGCAGCUGCUGCUGACUCUGAUGCGAUUGCGUCUGGACCUUCGCAAUCAAGACCUGGCUUACCGCUUUGGAGUAAAAGUCAGCACCGUCACCAGAACAGUGCACCGCAUGGUCAACAUCAUGUCCUCCACUCUGGUGCCCACAGCUGUCUUCUGGCCCUCCAGAGCCGAGCUCCGGAAAAACCUGCCAGCGACUCUGCGCACCUCCCACCCUGACUGCGCUGUUAUCAUUGACUGUUUCACUGUGCCUUUUGAGGAGCCGGUUUCCUGGGGCAACCAGCAGCCGAGUGUGGUGCCAAGCUCUCAGGGCGUUGGGACAAGUUAUAACGUGUUGAAGUAUCUGAUCGGUGUGGCUCCACAAGGCGUUGUCACCUUCGUGUCCAGGGGCGUGCUGGGAAACGUCAGUGACAAGAGUCUCGCUGAAGGCUGCGGAUUUCUGUGCAAACUCCUCCCAGGCGACAUCGUGUUGGCGAGUUGCAAUCUAGACAUUGCAGAUUCUGUGGCUGCCCGUGGAGCCCAGUUUAAAAUCACUAGUAGCUACCAAGGGGAGACGUUUGGAGGUUCAGACGGCUCUUCGCUGCCAGAUUCUUCUUCUGAGACAUUAAGCGUGCAGAGGCACGUGGAGAGGGUGAUCUCCAUGGUGAAGCGGAGGUACACCAUGCUCACCGGCCCCGUCGAGACCCCGUUUACCACGGCCCCCGAGCGCACGUCAAACCUCUCCACCUUUGAUAAGAUCGUGCAAGUCGCCUGUGCCUUAAACAACCUGUGCAUCUCUGCUGCGCCGCUAGAGUGACUCGUACAGAAACACCUAGUGCCCCUAAACUGCUGGUCAGAUGCUCAAGAUCCCUUUACUGCUUUGGACCUGAGGCCCUGUUCUCCCACUGCUUCUCUGUGUGAACACCACACAACAACACUACCUUUGGUUACUAAUCCACAUUAGGGUGGACACUUUUCCCCAAAAAUCUAGUUUGAAUUAAUAUUAAUGUGACAUGCUAUUUCCCCCCCCUGCCACCUCACUCGGGUGGAGCCAACAGGUGAGUCUGCAGACUUGUUUGUUGCUUUGCUGUUCAGUUGGUGUUCGGUUCAGCGCGGUACGGUUUGGAACUGUAAAGCUCUGGGUCAGGCUUGCGUUUCGACUGACAGUGGUACCUUUACUUGGUAGGCAGGGUGUGGACUGAGACUGAUGACUGCGUCGGCAAGAUGCGUAGCAUACCGGUGCGACGUCAACAAAGGGCGACAUUGAACGUGACACAACGGACAACAAUGGAGGUCAUCCAGCAGCUCUUCUUUUCCUGCUUGGUAUGUGACUCUUUGUCAACAAGACGUCGAGGUGGUUUGUAUGAGCGUUGAAGAAGCACCGGUCGCAAGGGAGUGACGUUUUUCUGUCGCCCAAUUAGCUGGUACCCCAAGGGAAGGGUGCUACUUGGAAACACAGCUUAUGUUGUGGGACUAGAACUACAUCCACCUGUUGCUUUUCAGAUGCUUUGGUCUAACAGUUGUCCUUUCUGGAGGACCAUUUAGCUUUAGCAUUUUCACAACAAAACAACAUAACUGUCACUACCUGAUCUGGACCAGAAACCCAGUUUUGGUCUCCGCAUGUUAUCCCUAACCGCAACCUCAGAAACAACCUUCGCAACUGGAAGUAGUCGCACAUGUGUAGAACAAAUCAGUUUCUUUGAUAGCCACAAUAUUAUUAUAUAGUGUCUUAUUUUUCUAACAAAUAACCAAAUGACCCAGCAUCUCUGCUGGGUCAUUUGGUUAUUACCUCAGAUCAGAUAGACUAAUGCACUUCUGAGCUGUAUAUUUUGAAGUCAGAGAGGUUUUUAAUCAAACCUUCCCUUAAGUUAGAAGAGAUAUUUGAAUGUCAGGUUUAAAAAUGCCAGCCCUGAUUCCCUUUAAGUUUCACUUUGGGUGAUAGUGACUCACUCUCACAUGGAGCAGUUCAUACUCAGAAAUGGCUUCUCCCAAAAUCCAGGAACCACAUUGCUGAGAUGUGAUGUCAUGAAGUUAUGCAACUCGACUGACAAAAGAAUUGCAGACGUGCAAAGGGUGGUAUUUUUUUGUAGGACUGUGUGAGUCGUCGCGUGUGUACACAGAAAGUGCAGCGUUGUUGGUGUGGGACUAAUUCAGUCCAAAACAAAAGUCUGAACGUUUUCAUUCAAGUCAUUCCCAGCGAACACAACAGCAGCUGACUUCACUCGUUUUUUUUUUCUCCCUGUGUUGCAGAAAAAGUGGGUUUAUUGGUUAAAGCUGCUGUUUUUUUUGUUUUUUCUUUUGUUGCUUCCCAGCGUAGAAAUCCAGAGCGAGUCAAAACAAAGUGUGUGCAUGGUGUUUAAAACAGGUUAAGAUAAGAGGGGCAGCUCGCAGGGUAGUGCAGUUACACCUCUGAGAUAUGAGAUAGAACAAUAUCACGGUUAAUGAGGAUUCUGAUGAAAUACUGGGCGAUUACUCUCCAUAUUUUUGAAAUUUGUCAGCCUGAUGAUUGUGGAGAAAAUGAAACUGAGUGCUUAAAAGGAAUAUAUAUACAUAUAUACACACAUAUAUAUAUGUAUAUAU